CUCUGCAGUUCCUGUUCCUGCAUGGCUGUGGAACAGGAGAUGCUAUAGGGGAGUUAUCUCUAGAACCUGAUGGUGAUUAAGGAUCCACAUAAUCAGUCCUCAGAAAGUGAUUCAGAGCGGUUUUGUCUGAAUGGGAUAACUUGUGUGUCAUCUGAAGCUGAGUUCUUGGAGUGAGUUUGGGACUCAGGUGCGGGGGACGUCCCAUCCUCCAUCUGAGAAAUGUUGAGUGGCAAGACCUUCUCCUUAUUCUCUUCUUUCCCCUUCCUUCCCCCCUCUGCUCUGUGGAUUCCAGGGCUCUAAGCAUCACAAUUGUGUUAGAUUCUGAAGGGAAAGCAUGAGAUCUAACGGCCAGUGGUGGGCAAUGUAUCACUCUCUUGACUCCAUGCGCCAUGGUUCCUGGUCUCAGAAGUUCAACUCAGAUGAACUUCUCUACAGGACAGAAAGAAGCUGGGAGCUGACCAUUAAUAGGUGUCCAUCAUACCUGAGACAGGGGGAUCAGUUUGUGUUGUUGUGCGUUCAUGGAGUAACUAACCAGAACUAAGUUGACAUUUCUCAGAAGACAUUUAAUGCUUACUCUGACAGUUAUGCCCAUUCCUGAAAUAAGUCCUGUUUGAUGAAAGUCCCGUACAUUGUACAUCUUAGUAGCUUCCUCCUUGAAGCUUCCUCCUUGAAGCUUCUCGGCCUUUUGGCUAAGAUCAAGUGUAGAAGCUUCCUCCUAGUUGUUGUUGUUUUUUAGGGGGAUUUGUGAUGACCACGGGUUUAUUUGUAUGCAAAUCCAGCACUUUGAGUUUCUCAUACAGUGUUUAUUAAUGCUCCCCUCCGGUGAGAAAUAGUGCUACUUUGCAAUUAUAUACUGUAUUUAUAACUAUAUUUUUUAUGUAGGAAUGUCCCUGGCACAUUUCUUGGAGGUUUUAUAAAAUAAAAGACGUUCUUACAAAUUGGGUCUGAAAGAAAUCAAGAGGACAAUGUGGCCGCUGUUCUCUGGGAAGAGGGAUUGACUCUUAAACCAUUCUGGAAAUUGUAGCUCUCUGAAGGGAACAGGGGUCUCCUAACAACUCUCAGCAUCCUUCCCAAACUGCAGCUCCCAGAAUUCUUUGGGAGAAGCCAUGACAUAAAGUGGUAUCACAGUGUUUUAAAUGUAUAGCACGAACGUGCCUUGGUGUCUGUUCUUUGCAUCUGCAAAUAUGGCCGUGGCCAUUGCUUAUGUUAUAUCCAGGCUAUCAUGAUGCCAUGGUGAAGUUAGGCAAUAUUAGACUCUGGGUUAAAAAUUACUCCCCUGUUCUUUAGCUGGAAAUGUGCGUUACUUCUAAAUGUUAUCAACCAACCCUGCUUCUUUUGGGCUGGAAAAGUACCUGGAAUCUUCCACUGACCCACCCAGAAUGUGACAGCAUAUCUUCCGACAUUUCUCUGAUGAAAAUAGGGACGUCCCAUUCCAUAACGAUAAUUUUACUAUUUACGGUAUACCCCACACAUCUUGCUGGGUUGCCCCAGCCACUCUGGACAGCUUUCAACAUAUAUAAAAACAUAAUAAAACAUUAAGCUUUUUUUUUUUUUAAACUGCCCUGUACAGGAUUGCCUUCAGAUGGCUCAGGGGUCGGAUAACUCCAUAUCCUUCAACAUUUCUCCAAUGAAAAUAGGGACAUUCUAAGGAAAAGUGGGACAUUCUGGGAUCAAAUCAGAAACCGGGACAGCGUCUCUAAAUCAGGGAUGUCCCUGGAAAAUAGGGAAUUUUGGAGGGUCUGUGAAAGGAGUGUAUCACUCUGCUGUUGAAACAAUCGCAUCAGCUUCUGAUUGGUUUCCAGGCUCAAUUCCAAGCACUUCUAAAGGCAUUUAAAACCAUUUAACUUUUGCACCCUUGGAUAUCUGAAGGGUAGCCUUCUUCUAUUAAACCUGCCUGGUUAUUCAGAUCAUCUGCAGAGACCCUCCUGAAAUUCCCCCCCCCAACCCCCUAGCAUCUGAAGUAUAUCAAGUGAGGAUCUCUAGUUCCCAGAGAAACCUCUAGAGAGUGAAAUUUUGGUGCAAGAUUGCUGCCCAAACGUUGAGAUAUGUGACCUAUAUGAGUUCUAGUUUUAUGAAAGGCCCAGCACUCUUACACCACCCCUCUCCCAAACUCGUGAUCGCCAGGCACUGUUGGACCACAACUCCCAUCAGCCCCAGCCCAGGGACAACGGGAGUUGUAGUCCAACAACACGGACUACCUGGCCUUAAUGUAAGUCACUUUGGGGCUAGCAGAUAUGUAGCAAAUAAUAAUAAAUAUCUGGAGGGCACCAGGGCAAGGGUGGCUGUUUCAAAGCAAGGAGCCCUUUUCCAACCUGAGAACCAGAUUUCGGCCACCUUUUCCUGGUCAAAAUGAACAAGGCCAGUAGCAAAGCAGGGUAGGGGCUAGAGAGGAAGUCAAAACUAUUUUUGUGACAGUUCGUAAAAUGUAAAGUGAUGUUACGAUUCUGAAUGUGAGGAAUCUGUGGUUUUUUAUUAGCGCUUUUUUCCUCAGGUUAUCAGCUGGUGUGGGAAUUACCUCUUCCCUUUUCUGCUUCUUGUUUUCCUCAGACAUGAGGCCGCUUCUCCUGAUUGCUAUCUUGGGGGUGGGCGGUAAGUGCUAAAAAGUUCCUCGCUUACUUUUGCUACCAGAAGCCCCUUUUUCUCAGCCAGCUGCCUUGUACCAAGUCAGGCGCUUGGUCCCCCUCUGGAUCGGUACUGUCAGCACUGACGGGUAGCAACCCUCCAGGAAACUGGGCAGUAUCCAUUGAUCUGAUUGGACCCCACCCAGAUACCAUCUUCUAUUGAACAGUGGGCUAUAAAUCAUUUAUGGAAAGAAAGAAAGAAAGAAAGAAAGAAAGAAAGAAAGAAAGAAAGAAAGGGAGCCAUCUUAGCCCGUCUUGUGCUGGAAAGGGUUUGGACCUGUCAGCGGCUGAGACAUCCAUCCACUGGUGCAGCCAGAAACCCCUUCCCACCUGCCAAAUGUGGGUGGGUGGGCAGAGGUGCCCCCAGGGGGGUCCCUACUGGCAGAAGGUGGGGAAAUGGAGGGGCUGAGCCCGCCUGGGAUCCGCUGGAUCACGAGCGGGUGCGAUAUGUUGCAAAAUCCGGCUAAGUGCAAAUUUCGAAGGCCAGCCGUGUUUCGAUUUGAGCAUUGCUUUGGAAAUAGGGGCACCUGCCAUGGCAUGCAGAUGGUGUUGAAUUGCUCUCCUGUCCCUGGACCAGAUCCUGGCCGAGGUGGGCUUUUUGCACUUUCUCGCUCCAAAAUGCGGACCGUGACAGGGGACCCCCGCCUGUUUUCCUCCUCCUCCUGCUGCUGCUUGUCCCCUUCCCAGCUCUGUCCGUCAUCCACGGCAGCCUGCUCAACUUCAAGGUGCUGAUCGAGAGGAUUACCCACAAAAACGCCCUCAUCCACUUCAAUGGAUACGGGUGCUACUGCGGAAAGGGCGGGAGAGGGAAGCCGAGGGACCAGACAGACAUGUGAGUUGGCCGGCGUGAUUCCCUGGGCCUCCACAAAGACACCACGAGCAUCACUCAGCCAGACGGGGUGGGGGGCGGCUUUGCUUGCAGGUGAUGCCAGAUAUUCCUGGUAGGUGGGGUCUGGUGCGCCAGAAACCGGUGUGCAUCAACAAUGCAUCCCUCCCUGUGAUGCUGCCAUGCCAGCACAAGUGGGUGAAGAAGAGGGCUGAUUAACCUGCUCAAACACAUUUCCCUCUGUUAGGACAGGGCUGGGGAAACCUCAAGACUGAACUCUACAGCGCCACCUGGUGUCACAGUGUUAUAACACAUUUAAAACGCCUUUAGUGUGUGUAGUAAUGUACAGUGGUACCUAAUUCAUUCUGGAGGUCCGUUCUUAACCUGAAACUAUUCUUAGCCUGAGGUACCACUUUGGCUAAUGGGGCCUCCUGCUUCCGCUGCACGUUUUCUGUUCUCAUCCUGAAGCAAAGUUCUUAACCCGAGGUACUAUUUCUGGGUUAGCGGAGUCUGUAACCUGAAGCAUCUGUAACCUGAAGCGUCUGUAGCCCAAGGUACCACUGUAGCUGAGUUCCAUAUCAGUGUGUAUGAAGAUUCAAUGUUUAGACUGUUUUUAAGGAAAGUGCUGGUGCUCUGCUGUUUUCAGUGUAGCUAUCCGCAUGUUUUAACAGAUCUCUGUGGGUUAAACCACAGAGCCUAGGACUUGCCCAUCAGAAGGUCGGCGGUUCGAAUCCCCGCGACGGGGUGAGCUCCCGUUGCUCAGUCCCUGCUCCUGCCAACCUAGCAAUUCAAAAGCACGUCAAAGUGCAAGUAGAUAAAUAAGUACUGCUCCUGUGGGAAGGUAAACGGCGUUUCCGUGCACUGCUCUGGUUCGCAAGAAGCAGCUUAGUCAUGCUGGCCACAUGACCCGGAAGCUGUACGCCGGCUCCGUUGGCCAAUAAAGCGAGAUGAGGGCCGCAACCCCAGAGUCGGUCAUGACUGGACCUAAUGGUCAGAGGUCCCUUUACCUUUACCUUUUAACGCACACAUUUCUAUUAAUGCUUGUUUUUUAAUUAUUGCUUUUCCCUCUAGCUUUUAGCCGUUUCUAUUUUAGGUGUAAGCCACCUUGAAUCCUUGUCUGGUAAGACUGUGGGAUGUAAAUAAAUAUAGUAAUAACAAUAUUUUAUUUUAUUUUUAAAUGAAAGCUCAGCAGCGCAGUGGAGGGGGGGGAGGACACCAAAAUUCUCAAAAUUUCAACAGGGGCUCCCUGCCAGCAGGCCUUCCUCCCCCUGCAUCCCCCCCCCUUUUCUACUCUUCCAGGUGCUGCUAUAAACACGACUGCUGCUAUGAGGGUCUACACAGCAAGCAGUGCCACCCAUAUAUUGAUCACUACAGAUACCUGAUCAUCAAUGACGAUGUUAUCUGUGGUGAGUGGCGGGCAGAAGGAUUUGGGUUUAUUUUCCUUUGCCCACCUUCCCUUUAGAAGAAGGAGGCCAUUUAUAGAACCAUUCCACAGAACUGUCUCCAGAUAUGCCCCACCCACAUUUAUUUCUGGUGGUCUCGAUCAGGCCUGCUGAACUCUCCCUGAGCUGCACCCCUCACUGGCCUUGCUUCUUGUCCUGCUGGAGAGGUUCAGCUUGGCCAAAACAUGUCCUCACAAUGCCUGUUGCUUGCCUGGGAGGAGGAUGGAGAGGGUGUGUGUGUGAAUGUGUUUAGACGCCGGCGUACGGUACAAAGGCACUUCUCAUAUGAGGUUCCAGUCAAAAGGAAGCUUUGCAUCCUGCAAGCCUGACGUCUCCUCGCCGCUUUUGCCUCUGCAGAGUACAGAAACAAUUCCCACUGUGCCGUGUUGGCGUGCGAAUGCGACCGCCAUGCGGCCCUCUGCUUCCGAAAGUAUGCCAAAACGUACAACAAGAAGUACCACCGUUACCCCUACGUCUUGUGCAAAGAAACCACCCCUAAAUGUCGAGGCAGCAAGAAGCCGAAGUAGGAAAGUCUGAGAAGCAGGCAAACCGGAUGCGGGCUUGAUGCAGAGGAUCGCUUUGAGAGGGCAAUCUCUCCCGUGGGAAAGAGGACCAGAGCGGAAAUGCAGGGGGUUUUCUUGCUUGUGUGUUUUUCUGCGUGGAUUCCAAAGUCAGCAGCAUUUAUUGUUGAAUUUUUGAAAUCUCUGCAUUUCAAAGUUCACGUUUUGAUGUCAAAGGGACGCUCCCCACAAGCUGCAUCUUAAUUUGCAAAAUUGACGUGUUGGCGUCUCAGUGCUUCUCCUCGCCCCAAGGACUAAAUCCAAGAUUGUCUGUUACUGGAAAUGUGGGG